AUGCUUCGUAUUUUAAAGACCACCUUCUCAAAAGGAGUAGCUGGGCUUGUGGUAGGAUCUGCUGCUUUAAGCAAGAUAAAAAAUGUACCGGUAGUAUAUGCCGAAGAGCAAAAACAAAAGCUCAAAAUCUACGAUGAUCCAAAACCAGAAAUAAUAAUAGUUAAAACACCUACGAGAUUGGAACAAGGAAUUAAACAUACGAGGCUUCGAGUUUCACAAGCUAUUAGUGAUUUAGAACAACAUAUCCGAAAUGUUACUGACCAAUGGAUUGAUAUUGAACAAACCACCGAAAGGGAAAUAAAAGGAAUAAUCUCACCAAAUGAACGUUUAAUGCCUGAUGUUCUAUACGUUGUCGUUGCGGGAUUAGCCGGAAGCCUUGCAGCAAGAAAAAUAUCUUCGUAUUACUUCCUUCCACAAACAUCUCGUAACAUGAUGGCUAAACUUUGCGAAUAUGAAAAACGAUCACCUGAACUUAUGAAAAUUCAUAAUUCAGUUUCAGAUGUAGCAAAUAAUACUAAACAAAAAUUUGAUUCUGCCAUUAUUAACUUGAAAAAUAUAACUG